UCUGGCUGUGUCCUUUGGAGUCUGGGUUCCAUGGCAAGAAUCAGCUUGCGACAUUGAUAGGAUAGAUAGGCUUUUUCCACUGGCCUGGAUUGAGCAUGGGCAAUCUUUCAAGCUGGAAACAGCAGCAGUCAGUCCAAAGGAGCAGCUCCCCAGUCAGAGUACAGGAAAAUGGACAUAGCUCUGGCUAUUCUGUUGACCUUGCUUCUGGGACUUCUUAUGGCCAAGCUUGCUUUGUUUCAGCCAAGAAACCGAAAUUCUCCGCCUUGCAUUAGUGGCUGGAUCCCUUGGUUUGGAGCUGCCUUUCAGUUUGGGAAAGCUCCCCUGGAGUUUAUAGAACAAGCCAGAGUCAAGUAUGGGCCGGUAUUCACAGUCUUUGCUCUGGGAAACCGAUUCACCUUUGUGACUGAGGAGGAGGGGAUUGAAGCAUUUUUUACAUCUAAGGACUUAGAUUUUGAGCAGGCGGUGCAGCCAACGAUCCAGCGUACAACUUCAAUUCCUGCAGACAUCUUUUAUCGGAACCAUACUCGACUCUAUCUCACGAUAAAGGGAAAAGUGAGUCUCUCUAGACUGUACCUCUUUGCUGGGACUCUGUGUAAAGAAUUACAUGAGCACAUGGACCACCUGGGCACUUCAGGAACGGAGAAUCUCAGCGAUCUAAUAAGGUCUGUCAUGUAUCCAGCAACAAUAAAUAUCUUGUUUGGAAAAGGUGUCUGUCCAACAAACAAGAGUGACAUGAAGGAGUUUGAAGGGCAUUUUCAGAAGUAUGAUGAGGAUUUUGAAUAUGCAUCCCAGAUGCCUGCGUAUUUUAUGAGCAACUGGUCUAAAUCCAAAAAAUGGCUUCUAAAAAUGUUUGAAAAUGUGGUGUCGGAUGCUGAGAGAGUCAGCCGGCCAGAGAGCGAUUCCAAGACAGUCCUUCAGCAUCUCCUGGAUAACGUGCAUGGAAAACAUUUAGCUCCCAAUUAUGCUCUCUUAUUGCUCUGGGCGUCCCAAGCGAACGCUAUGCCUGUGGCAUUUUGGACCUUGGCAUUUAUACUGUCCCACCCUUCUAUUUACAAGAACAUCAUGGAGGACAUAGUUUCUGUUUUUGGCAAAGCAGGUAAAGAGAAUAUUGAAGUAUCUGAAGAUGACCUGAAGAAGCUUCUUUUAAUUAAAUGGUGCAUUUUGGAAGCCAUUCGGCUAAGGUCUCCAGGUGCAAUCACUAAGAAAGUGGUGAAUCCACUGAAAAUUCAGACUUUCACCAUCCCUGCAGGUGACAUGCUGAUGGUAUCUCCAUAUUGGGCACACAGGAAUACAAAAUACUUUCCUGAUCCUGAAACAUUCAAACCUGAUCGUUGGAAAGAGGCAAAUUUAGAGAAGAAUGCUUUCUUGGAUGGCUUCAUGGCAUUUGGAAGAGGGAAGCAUCAGUGUCCAGGAAGGUGGCUGGCUGUAAUGGAGGUUCACAUGCUAGUUGUUCUGUUACUUUACAAAUAUGAAUUGAUUCUUUUGGACCCAGUACCAAAGGAGAGCCCUCUCCAUUUAGUGGGGACACAGCAGCCCAUGGGAGCAUGCCGGGUUCAGUAUAAACCCCGACAAUGACAACUGACUUGGCUGACUGGUUCCUUUGCCGGCUUCUGUCCAUGAGGGACCAUUGCUCUGUUUCACUUCGGCGUGUUGUUGGUGCCCAAAUGUAGUUGUGCCUAAAACAGAGUUUAAAUAGAUUCAAAUGCUGUACGUACACUGAGUAGUUGUAAUGUCAUGCCCAUCAUUGUAUCUAAAGAGCGGGGCCUGCUUGUCUAGGGUGUGGUAUUUAAAACAGCCUCUCUAUACAACUGCAACUUGUGGGUGUGAUCAUUGGCAGUGUGUAGGUAUCUCACAGAUUGCACCCACAACCCAGGCAUUUAGGGAACAGAUUCAUUAAGCUCACUGUGACUUUGGGGCACAAAGUAGAAGGCCUACGCUUUGAACAUUAGGUCUCCUUGGCCUAAUUCAUAGUUGUUCUGCUUGUUCACUUGGGCCAGUGCAAAGUGGCUGGUAAGCCUUAGCAGAGCGGAACAGUAAUACCUUGCAUUGGUGUAAAUGAAUGCACACAGUGCAGAACAAUAGUGAAUUGGGGUCUCUGGACCAGAUCCUCAGCUCGUGAAAAUCAACAUAACUCCUCUGUCUUUGCGGGAAUGUUCCUGAGUUACACCAGAGGAGCAGAUGCCCUGUGUCUAAACUAAAGCCAAAUGAUUGUGAAUGAAAUGUGUGAAAAAUGAAAGUGAUCCUUUGGAGCUGCCAAAACUCUCAGGGUGUGUCUAGACUACAUGCCUCCGUCGACGGAGGCAUGUAGAUUAGCCAGAUCGGCAGAGGGAAAUGAAGCCGCGAUUAAAAUAAUCGCGGCUUCAUUUAAAUUUAAAUGGCUGCCCCGCUCUGCCGAUCAGCUGUUUGUCGGCAGAUCGGGGCAGUCUGGACGCGCCGCGCCGACAAAGAAGCCUUUCUUGAUCGGCACAGGUAACCCUGGUUUCACGAGGCACAGGUAACCCUGGUUUCCGUCGACGGAGGCAUGUAGUUUAGACGUACCCUCACUGACUUCUGUUGAGCUUUGGAUGCUCCAGGGCUGCAGAAUUAGCCCCUGGCUUUAUAAUACAAUGAAAGCCUCACCAUGCUGUUUGUGGAACGUGCAAGAAAAGUCUGGAAAACUUUUGCUUUCUUUUAAUGAUUUGCAGCAUGCGAGAUGCCAACCUUUUUUGGCCGUUGCACAAAUCUAAAAAUACCUACCCCUAAAAAGAAAAUCUGGAAAAAGCACUUUUAAAGCAAGUGGUUCAACAAAUUAAAAGUGUCUUUUAGAAUACACAACAUUUUAACCGCUGCCACAUUUGAUACACUGUAAUAGCCUUGUUUGUAUAAUUUUAGUAUUAAGUAAAGACUACUGAUCACUUUUACAAAUAUUUGUCCCCCAAAAGGACAUUUUACAAAACACUUAAGAACUACAGAAUUAAGUUCCAUAGGAAAAAAAUAACUUAUAUAGUAUGAUGCACUAAAUUGGUGAUCAGAUCUUAUCUCACUUGGUUUAUGCUCCUGAUAAUAUUGCAUGAUUUUGGUAGUGGUAUGUUAUAGUGAUCUCUGGUUGUUACAUCUGCAAGACAAUUUCCAUUGUCACCCUCUGUUCUUAGUUGUUUAGGUCCUGAAACAGUCACCUCUAGAGAUGAUAGUCUCAUGUGUGGUCAUUGUCUAAAAUUGUGUGUAUAUAUAUUUUUAAGUUUUGAACAUUUGAGCAAAUUUGUUCUGGUAUUUUGUAAUCAUGAGCAUGGAAAAACUUCUUUCCUGUGGUUUUAACAUAAUUGCUCUGGGGUUUAUUCCCCACAAAAGGACAACAUCACAUUGGAAACAUCAGUAAUCCCUCUUGAGCAGAAAAUGACACUAUGUGCUAGCUCUAAACAUUUUUUUUUGCAGCAGUUAUGAACAUUUGAAAAUACAUUGCACACGAAUUCCAAUCUAUCUCCAGAGCUGGGAUGCCUGUGUGUUGCAGCUUCAAACUUGCAAAACAGACUCACGGAUUGUGUUUUGUUUUGUUAUUUUAACUUCAAGUGAUAUAUGAGAUCUACAAAUGAAACUCUUGAAACUCUCUAAAAAAUCCCUCCUUGCUAAAAUCAGAUAGAAGAGGUUUUGUGCUAGAAUUUGUUUGUUCUAGAAAAUUUGAGUGAUUGCAAAUAGGGAUUAACUAUAAAUGUACCCGCUCAGCCUUAAUAAUAUUAUAUUACUCUAUUGUAAUUAACCUGAAAGUUACUAAAUAUUUCAAUUUCUAAAGCAAUGUGCAAUAACUGUAUCAGAUUAGUGGAACUUUGUUGGGUACAUUGUGCUAAUUUAAUCUGUUUUGGUUGUACAAUUUAGGCCCUGAUGUUGCUAAGGGAACUGUAUGGGCUCACUCACACAUCUGUACGGAGUCCAACUCUCUGCAACAGGGCGUUAGGUGAGACUUUAAAAAGCCUUCUGAGCAAGGACCAUCACUGUGUUCUGUACAACACAAAACACUGUUUGCACCCAAUGACCAAUAUAUAUUGUUAACUCCUUCCCUUGUCUUCAUUCUAACAAUAAAUGUCCUUUCCCUGUUGA